UGUGUGAAGCAGACUGUGCGCGGUCAUGGCGUGAGGGGUCUGUACCGAGGUCUGAGCUCUCUGCUCUACGGCUCCAUACCUAAAGCAGCUGUCAGGUUUGGGAUGUUUGAGUUCCUCAGUAAUAAGAUGCGUGAUGAGAGCGGCAAACUAGACAGCAAGCGAGGGUUCCUCUGUGGUCUUGGAGCUGGAGUCGCAGAGGCUGUGGUCGUCGUCUGUCCUAUGGAGACGAUUAAGGUCAAAUUCAUCCACGAUCAGACGUCGGCAAACCCAAAGUACAAGGGAUUUUUCCAUGGGGUGAGGGAGAUUAUUAGAACUCAAGGACUGAAGGGGACGUACCAGGGCCUAACUGCCACUGUACUGAAGCAAGGCUCCAACCAGGCCAUCCGCUUCUAUGUCAUGACUUCACUGAGGAACUGGUACAAAGGCGAUGACCCCAACAAAUCCAUUAACCCUCUGGUAACUGGAAUGUUUGGUGCUGUUGCUGGUGCAGCCAGUGUGUUUGGAAACACUCCCCUGGACGUCAUUAAGACCAGAAUGCAGGGGCUCGAAGCGCACAAGUACAAAAGCACAAUAGACUGUGCCGUCAAGAUCAUGAGGCACGAGGGGGCGUUGGCGUUCUACAAAGGUACUGUUCCCCGGCUGGGUCGGGUGUGCAUGGAUGUGGCCAUAGUCUUCGUUAUCUACGAGGAAGUCGUGAAGGUUCUGAACAUAGUCUGGAAGACGGACUGAAGUGAACACCACAGUGCUGCGCAAGCAGGAGUGUGAGACUGGCCAGUCACGUUGUUAACCAGGCCACGUCCCAAACCAAUCUCCUGAAACCCUGCUUCUAGGUUCUAAUAUCUACCUCUCAGAAAGAAAGGGUAUUUUAUUUAUAACACAGAUGUUGCGAGUGGAAGCACUGUCUGCGUGAAAGAAGCUGCAGGAUCACUGCUUACACUUGGUCUUUUUUCUAAAGUUCCAGAAGGGGGAAGUUCCUUAAGACCUCAGGGAGGGGAACAGGGCGUUUAUUUAGACCUGCACAAAGACCUGCAGCGCUUUGAGUUGAGUUGUACUAGUGCUGUGUGUACUUGAUCAAAGAGAAACCAUCACCUGACCUGACAUAAUGUGAUUUAAGCACUACAGACAAAAAAAUACUUGAGCAGAGGUAGGUAGAUGGAUAUUUUAUUGAUCUCGAGGGAAAUUCAGGUGUACUGGCUUCAGAUUUUAUUAGAUAACAAAUACUUCCAAGCCCUUCUUAUAUGCAAGUAUUCCAGUUUCUUUUUUCAAAAGACUGUUCAAAACUAUUAUUUUAUUCACUACCUGUUGGAAGAAUUAAUGUUCACAUGCUGCAGAGGAAUAAGAACUAAAUGCCUUCAAUCACAAUUGUCAAAUGAAUCAAUACAGAUCUGUAGGCUGCAGUUUUUAAUGAUGUGUAUUCAGCUACGAAACAAUGGUUGAGGUGGUGGCGAUUCUUUAAAUCACUUAAUUUGUUAGUGUUAUUAAAAAAGUGCCUUUGUGUUACAUGGUUUAUUGGAGAUUAACAAUGAUUGAAUGUUUUAUGUUACUUCUUCACUGUGGAUGGUUUUUUAGUUUCUCACGCUGCAGUGGUGCCAGAUGUUGAAGAUGUUCAUAUCUUAUUAAUUCAACUGUUUUGGGGAAUUAUUUGCUUCUAAUUUUUAAAUUGCCUUUGCUGCUUAGACGUGCUUUUUUGAGAAAUGCCAUUAAUGGUGCCUUUCAUUGCAUUCCACAGAGCACGAGUGAUUAGCUUUGCUUUUAUUGCAGCCUUUCAGAUUCUCUUCUUUUAACUGUGCUGUAACUUCAAUUGCCUUUCACCCAAUGUGCCAACUGCUGCAUUUAGAUACAAUAUAACUAAUGCCAUGUUAUAGACUGUAGUUUGUCCUCCUGGUUUAAAUGCAGUGCACCACAAUCUUUGUCUAGGAUGCACAAUGUUUACUUUGAGCUCCGUUUUUCAGCUGGCGGAGAUAGUUGAAUGUCUUUGGGGUUUUCAUAUUUAAAAACACUGGUACUAAACCCAGCGCUGUGCCUUCAGUCUAAUUAAUUCGAAUGUAUGAUCACAAAUAAACAUUGGAUCUGA